AUGGUAUACACCUCAGAACAAGCAGUAUUGCAGACCAAACUGGCGCAGCUUCGCGACCGGAAACUCAACUCGCGGGAAACCCGACAGCUGGUGGCGGAAAUCUCAGGCUCGUUUGCGGCCGAAGUCCUGGCCAAGGUCUUCCAGCGAAAAGACCCCGAAGAGAAGGACAGAUCCAACACGGUCACCUCGGACCUGGGGCAUGCAGUGGUGGUUCCCCAACUCAAACCCACCGAUAGUGAGUAUGUGAUUGCUCCCGUUCUCAGAUCCGGACAGGCCAUGCUGGAUCCCUUUCUGGCCCAGCUGCCCGCCCAAGACGACCCUGCAGUCUACCAUCUGGGACUGUACCGAGAGGAGUCGACGCUGAGUCCCGUGGAGUACUACAACAAGCUGCCUCCUCCCUUGCCCACGGCCACCACCAAGAUCAGCCACGCGUUUGUGCUGGAUCCAGUGAUUGCUACUGGAGGCACUGCCAAGGCCGUGGUGGAAAUUCUCAAGGAGUGGGGCGUGGAACAUAUUGUCAUCGUGUCGCUGAUUGCAUCCAAACAGGGCAUUGAGAAGCUUUCGAAGCUCGAGGGCGUGGAGGUAUACGUGGUCAAGGGAGAUGAGGGCCUCACCGAUCAGGGCUUCCUGGUUCCUGGAAUCGGAGACAUUGGAGAUCGUCUUUUCGCCACAAAGAAGGUCAAAUAUUAG